AUGGCCCACUGCUGGUGGCUCGUAGCUUUGGGGGUGCCCAUCACCCCACCAUUUGCGGUGGCAAGGAUGGCCAACAAUGGCACUGACAGUGGGGGUGCACCUGGACGUCCGUCUGGUCCGCCCCCGCCACCUCCUCCAGGUAUAGGGGAUGCCUCGAAUGUUGAUCUGCACCAUGACAUCGCCCGCGACAUCGGCCAACAAGUUGAAGUCAUGAUCCUCGAUGCGAAGCAUGCCUCCGAGACGAAGGUGGGGAAGGAGAUUCAAAAAAUCAAGCAGAAGAUGGAGGCCAUGGCGGAGAAGAUCAAGAUGAUCAAUGAUAAAGUCGCAGCCGUUGAACCGGGCAGCAGCGGUUUGCUUAAGUCCGACCUGCAGUCUAGCAUUGCCAAGCUUGAGGAAGUUUGGGAGGGCGAGGUUGGCACGCUGAAGCACGAGUUGUGGCAGACGAUCCAGGCUCACAAUCAUAAUGCGGACCUCUUGAAGCACCACAAGGACGCCAUAGAUCAAGUGCAAAACAGAAUGACCGAUCUCGCUCCGAACCCCGAGCUCGACCAGGUUCACUUGCAGCUGCUUCAAGUGGACAAGGUUCUACAGCGAGAGAUGGCGAAGGAAGCACAGAUGGAUCAACUCAUGGCCAGACUGACGGUGGUGCAGCAACAGCUGAUGACCAUUUGGGGAGCACCGUCUGGGUCGGCCUUCGGACUCCAGGGGGGAGCACUGCAGAGCGCCCUGGCCGCCCAAGCAAGAGUUACACCUGUUGCCAGCACCAAGAAGGCACAGAAAAAGGUUCCAAAGGCGACGAAGGGUGCGAAAGCAUCUGCGGCCUCAUUGGCUGCUGCAGCUUCUUUGCGUGCAGAGGCGCCGGAGUUUGUCCCGACGUCUGGAUGGGACUCCUAG